AUGGCUUCCUCCGCGAACCAGCAGCAACUCUUCCCACCUGUGCCUCCAUCAAUGUCCGCUGGCGAUAGUCAUGAGAUGCGAGACUACUACCCACCGCAGGAUGCACCACGACCUACGAUAAACCAAACACCAAACUUCAAACCAUACCUCGGCCUUCGAGCUAGGCUCUCUCAGAUAUGGAUCAAUCGCUGGACGAUUCUACUGCUCCUCGUCCUUGUGCGGCUGCUCAUCGCCAUUGCAACAACAGACUCCAGCCUCGCUUCCGCCCGCCGCGAGGCCCUCAGUGCUUGCACCUCAGUCGAGAGGAUUGGCAGCUCCAUGGCCUCGAUGCCUCACUACAUGUCCGCCGGCCUCAACGAGAUGACGGCUUCCGGGGUCGACAAGGCAGUCAGUGGCCUCAUGACCAUGCUUGAAAUGAGUGUCACGGGUGUCGAAGAGAUUAUCCUCUUCGUCAUCCACAUGAUGACAAGUACCUAUCUCUGCCUCAUCACCCUGGCUGUCAGCGGCAGUCUGCAUGCCGCUGUGGAAAUUGGCGAAGCCGUCACCAAGAAACUGAACGAGACCAUCAACUCGGUCACCGAAGACAUGGGCGACGCGGUCAAAUCCGUUUCAGACGGCAUAAACUCCAUCAUAGACAAGAUCAACUUCAAUAUCCCGGGAUUCAACAAGCCGACCAUCAACUUGGACAAGCAAAUUUCUGAACUCAAGGGCCUCGAACUGCCUUCUGAUCUCACAAACGGGCUCCAGAAGCUCAACCAGUCCAUUCCCACUUUCACCGAGGUGCAGAACUUUACCGACAACAUCAUUCGCCUGCCCUUUGAGGAAGUCAAAAAGUUGAUCAGAGGCAUGAACACAUUCGAGUUCAACCGAUCCGCGCUUCCUGUGCCACAGAAGGAGACCCUAACCUUCUGCUCUGACGGCAACUCGAUUAAUGGUUUUUUCGAUGACCUCAUCAAGUUGGCUUACGACGCACGGAAAAUUGCUCUUGGUGUGCUCAUUAUUGCCGCUAUCCUGGCCUGUGCCCCGAUGGCUUGGAUGGAGAUGCGCCGCUACCGCAGGAUGCAAGAACGUGCUGCUCUCUUUGCAGAGGGCCACGAAGGCAUGGACGUCGUCUAUCUCGCGUCCCGGCCGACCUCUUCCGGUAUCGGCUUGUGGCUCGGCAGGCGCUUUGGCUCAGCUCGACGACAAGCCGUCAUGCGCUGGGCUUGGGCCUACGCCACUUCUGUACCCAUGCUGUUUCUGAUCUCUCUAGGCAUCGCUGGCCUCUUUGCAUGCUUCUGUCAAUACCUUUUGCUCAAAGCCAUCCAAGACAAGACGCCAGAGCUCACGGAUCAAGUUGCCGACUUUGCCGAGAAAGUCGUCACUUCACUCAACAAUGCAUCCGCAGCGUGGGCUAACGGUGUCAACAAUGCCAUUGGCGACAUGGACAACAAACUCAAUGACGACAUCUUUAGCUGGGUCAAUACCAGCACGACUGCAGUCAACGAUACUCUGAAUGCUUUUGUCGACCAGAUGAGCACCACGCUCAAUACCACGUUCGGUGGCACGAUCCUCUACGACCCAAUCAAGGAAGUACUCAACUGUUUGAUUGGCCUCAAGAUUGCCAGUUUCCAAAAAGGACUCACCUGGGUUCAAGAGCACGCGCACGUUCAGUUUCCAGGCGUCGCCAACGACACUUUUACUCUUGGUGCCCUUGCUGAGAAAGGUGACUCCGACUCGGCCUCCGAACUUCUCGCCGACCCCAAUGGCAAAGCCAAGGACGAAAUCACCGAAGCAGUCGAUCGCGUCAUUGACAAGCUCAUGAGCGGCAUUCAGACUGAAGCGCUCAUCUCCGCCGCCCUGAUUUUCAUAUGGCUCUUCACUGCCAUCGGUGGCCUCGUAUACGCUUCGACCCAUCUCUUCCGCCGCGACAAUUCAGAAACAGCACGAAAUCCCUAUGUCAUCGACCCUGCUACCGACCAUGUCUCCAAGUCCGCCGCUGAUUACCCUGCUACCGCGCCGCCGCGAUACGUGCCCAACGAUUACAAUGUCAACAAGGCAGCGCCCUAUACGCUUGCCCCUCGGCCUUUCUCAACAUUCGAGCACGACAACAAUGUUGAGCCUGUAACAGAAAAGGUCGGCCGCGUUGGCGCGCGUGCGGUGACCGAAUCCGAGCGACCAGGACACCUACGCACGAGUAGCCAUGGACAGCUCGCUGAUCCCUCACCGGCUGACGACCGCACUGGCCCAUUUUCCAACCAGUAUGCGCCGACGCCGUAUCCACAGGAAAAGCAGCAGCACAAUCCGUUCAUCUGA